ACGUCAGUUAUGGCGCGCUAAACUAUACAAGACUACUUCCAUGUAUAAUUGUAAGACUGCUGUCAGUUCGCCAUAUGAUAUGUUUGGUCACCUGAUUCCGCAGGUAUAAAGUGAAUGUUACCAUGGUUACUAGUAUAUUGCGGAAAAACUGGUGCGACUCUAACGACUGCAGCAGUCUUUGUAGCGCCAUGGCAGGAACUAUUGAUUUCCAAACUGCGUUAGACGUUGCUUCGUCGAUAAUACCAGAUACAGGGAAAGUGAAUCAAGUAAGAGAUGCCAUAGCUUCCCUUGAUGCUCAAGGUGGUGCUCAGGUGGGGAAUCUGUUUGGUUUGUUCGCUGAAGGAGGCGGAAGACGAAAUGCGAUGAGUAUCUGCAAUGGUACAGACCACGACAUCCAACUUGUUAAAUGGUAUCUUCAUCAUGGUCACAACAGAGUUCCUGCUACCCCAUAUUUGCUUUCCAUGAGGCAGGAUGACUCUCUGUUCCAUAAUGCUGGCAGCUGGGCUGCUACUGGAUCUAGUGGUAUCGUUACCUACAUGUUGGACUGCCAAACAAACUUGCACAUUUUCUGGGAAUGUCCUUACAACUUCGAUCUUCAUGAUAACUAUAUUGGGCUGAUGUUAACUGCGGAAGAGCAUCUUAAGAAGCCAAACAAGCACUUGUUUCUGGGCAUGUUCGAAGACUGGUAUAGYAUGGGUAAAACGGCACCUAGAGCUGGAAGCACGUAUGAUCUUGUUUGUUGUGGUCCAGGUAAUGGCGGAUCCAAAGAUGAUGGUGGCUCCAAGCCUCAUGGCUAUCACAGGCCUUGCGAGGUGAGAGAUGGUCAUUACACAGUGUUUGCAACAAUGGGAGACAGGCACGCUACGAACAGCAAGAUAGUCAUCCUAAGCAAGGACACCGAGUAAGAACUAGACUCAUUCCAGUUUUCGUUUUUACGCGGAUUCCUCUAAAACACUAUUGAUAUUCACCGCUUCUAAACCUCGUUACAUGUAACGCUCAAACGCUCAAAAUUUCAUCGAUACCCUAGAACCAGAAGUCCGUAACUUCUGCCUAAAAUAACCUCAAAGCUAUCAGUUGUUUUUAUAAUGUAUGAGAGUUAGGUAAAUAUUAAUGCGCAAUCGUUCGAUCGAGUCUACGUUGUUAGAACCUUUUUUGUCUUUGCGUCAUUUCCAUAACGAAAAUGUACGACGGCGACGUCUACCAAAAGUGUAAAUAGACUUCCUUCUAGGGUUGCGCGCCCUCAAAGUCUGUCUUCCCUCAGAAUGAGUUGAGUUUUACUUAUAARUGUUUUGAAUGAAAUCGCCAUUCAACAGUACAAAGAGAAAUUAUUUUCCUUUACGGUCGACGUCGCCGUCGUAGACAGGAAUCAGUGUAUUCAAAGAGAAGUGUUAUUAGUGAUGAAGCGGUUAAAAAAGCCGAAAACGAUUUGGGAAACUUCACAAAGAAGUCUAGCUUUUACUGAAACUGAAGCAUAAUAAUGAUAAUAAUAAUUGUGCAUUUAUAUAGCGCUUAUCCAAAUUAAUGCAUCUACUUCCUUAUUGAACAAAUAGUUGUAUAUGGACCUCAUGCACGUACGAAACCGUGUUGUUGUUGUUUAAUUAUGUUUAAGGUAUUUCGUUGUUUUUUAUCUUGAUAAUAAAAAGCAAUAGGGGAAGAUUUCACCCUGAAAGCAAUGAAUACUACCCUUAAGGCGUCAUUUACACGGAGAAAUGUUCUCUGUACUUUGGGCAAAAGUUGCAGGAGUGUUUACACGGUGUAACGGAGAUGCAAUCGUUUGAAAAUAAAACGUUUUGGACUAAGCCGAAAAUACAGCGAUAAAUUUGUAAGGGGUAAUUAUAUAUUCAAAUGACCACAUCUCAGUAAACGGGUUUUUUAAAUUGUCUAUCUAAAUUGUUAACCAAAAAUAUGAUUAAGAUAAAAUUAUUUUUUGUGAAGUCAUCGCUUGAGUACUCUAUUUGAAAACCCGGAAAGCAUGUUGUUUGCUGUAAUCAAGGCAAGACGGGGUCUAAAGAUGAGGGAUUGAUUAAUUAAAAUUAAUGAUAGCAA